AGUAAACGGUAAUUUGUUUUCGUUUUCACUUAAAUAAAUUGUAAACCGAAUGAUUUCUUUAAAUUAUUUUACAACUUAGCCUUAUAUACGUUUAGAUGUUACUCAUCAAAGCGGAACAGUAUCACUACGAAAUCGUACGAAUUUACGAUCACGAACCCACAUUUAUGAUACAAUGUUUGAAAAACAUUAAUAAAGUUUGAAAAUUGUUAUGUAUAUUAAUUCUGUAGAUACUCAAGUCCAAAGCUAAUCGAUCUAUUAAAAUAUACAAAUCUAUGUAAACUAUUUAAAUAUUAUAAAAAAGAUCAACUACUGUUACAAAUUCUUUGUUUGUGUUACAACUACAUAAAAAAGUUACAAACCGUAACUUCAUUUUUCUUAAAAAAUGUAACACGUUGCUUGGCUUUACCUAAGGUUUUAACUUUUUGGUGCAGUUUUAAAACGAUUUUUUUUAUAUCAGUUUAAAAUUACAAUACUGGAUUUUACAUUGUUUCCGAAUUUUUGAAUAGGACUUGUUCACAGCACUCAUAACUGAUUACAUUAAGUGCAUUAUCUUAAACAAAAUUUAAAUUUAUAAUCUUUCAAACCUCUUGAACAAAAACCUGAUCAACGGAUAUUACAUGUUCAUUCGCCUUAAAAUAGCAAAAGAUUAUCAGUGACUAGCCAUUAUUCUAUUUGUAACCUACAGUCGAUAAAAUGUGUAUACGCAUUCGUAAUAAAAUAUGUUAAAUUAUAUGUUUGAAAUUAAUUUACUUAUAUGUAUUUUUAUAUCUUAGGUGGUAUGUAUAAUAUAAAAAUAAAAAUAUUAACAAAAUUGUAAAAUAAUCUUUUCUACAAUAAAUAUUUAUCAAGAACAUUGAGAAGAAAUAGGCUUGACACAAACCAGUGAUUUAUUCAAAAUUAUUAAUUUUAAUCUUUAAUUCCUAAAGAAUUAAAGAUUUAACAUUAAAUCUUUAAUUUUAAUCUUUCAAUAUAAUCUUAAUCUUUAAAGUAAUUUCUAUUAAACAAGGCUUAAUAGAAAGUACUGAUUCGUGCCAUUACUAACAAAUAUAACAAAGAAUGUAGUCUCUCCACAUUUGUAGCACACAUUUAUGUAUAAGAAACGAAAUAAGAAUUUCUUUUGAGAAUUUUAUAAUACAUAAAAUCACGCUAUGCUUUUGUUUUAUAUUUUUUUUGUUUAUUUUAGAGAAUUUUACAUGAUUGUGACCUAUAAUUGAUGUGAUACCGACAACACCAUUACAUCUUUUCAAAAACAAAAGGCCGGUAACUGUAAUGUAUGCCGUGCCCCACGACUGUUCGGCGACCCCUAGAGUGGACAGGCGGUGGCUUAUGAGUAUAUUAGACAAACACAAUGGUUGGGGUGAAUCACGCCAAAAUGGCUCCCCUCCUCUCCCACCACCAGCCCCUCCCGCCCAGGGGCUAACUUGAAGUGGAGAGCUCUGCCUCUUCAGUCGGAGUUCAACCCUCCAGUGUACAGGUGCCUUCCAAGUGCCUACUCCUGUGGCAGUAGUUGUAGAAUUUUUCUUGUGUUUUUCAUUUUGUGACAUUUUCCACACCAAGAUGACUUCUUCUGGAGUGAAGCUCUUCAGGCCAUGGGAUCUCGAAGACUCAAGAUCUUCGGAUUCUCCUGAAUCUGCAUCGGCCUCGUCGUCGACGACUUCCCCGGCUCCCUCCAACGAUCGUCCGAUGGAUCCCUAUUCCCCAGCCCACUGGCCGCUCCCGGACGACUCGUACUGGGCCUGCCUCGCCGCCUCCUACGACGCCGCCGAUGCCAAGAGCAAAGCCCGCCCCAAGAAGUACCGAUGCCCCUACUGCCAGGUCGGCUUCAGCAAUAACGGCCAACUUAAGGGCCACAUCCGGAUACAUACAGGUGAAAGGCCGUUCAGGUGUGACGCGGAGGGAUGUGGGAAGAGUUUUACGAGGAAUGAAGAACUGACCAGGCACAAAAGGAUACACACAGGUCUUCGUCCUUUUGCCUGUCAGACUUGUGGCAAAAGUUUUGGCAGGAAGGACCACCUCAAAAAACACACCAGGACCCACCUGCCUGUCCUCCCACAUCCCGCGUACGUCCUGUAUCCUUAUUUUUACGGCUGCUGACGCUGAUCAUUUUCAAAAUUAAAUUUUUCAAAUGAAGAGUUCAGCUCCAUUUCAUCUUCCGCAUAUUGCAGCGUGUGAACGCGUGACUCCUGGAAUCUGCAGUUUGUGUCCUUCCGGAAGAUAAAAAAAGUAGGCUAGGAUUAGUGCAGAUGAUGAAGCAGUGACAAACCCUUUUCAUCUAGGUUGCACUGGAUGGCUGCUGAUAAGCCACACAAGGCUAUUUUAAAACUAUGAGUCUCUGAUGCCGAAACGAUGCAAAGAGUUCCUCUUGAAUUCUACUUCGCUAACUUUCUCUUUAAGCGAACGUGGAUUCUAGAUUCCAGGAGUCGAAUUCUGUUGCUGCAUCAAGAGAAAGGUGAACUGGAGCUUAACUCAACAUUCGUAUUAAAUCAACGCUUCCCACCAUAGUUAUGGUAUGUAUAGAAUUAAUUUUUAUCUUUAAAAUAUUGUAUAUAGUGUAGUUUUAGUUUUAUUAUUUUGUAAAUGCCUAAAUAAUUGAUGUGAUAUUAGAUAUAAGUAUUUGCCUAGUAAAUGUUCCGUUUGUCACUCAUUUUAAUAUACCAUAUGCCUAGUUGUAAAUUAAAAACAUAUUUUUUAUAAACUUUUAAAAUAUAUAAUAACUAUUAAAAUUGUAUAUAGUAUUUUUAUAUGACGAUAUUUAGUAAAAAUUGAUAAGAGAUUAGUAACUUUUAAGAUAUAUGUUAGUUAUUUUUUAAUUUUACCUUAACUAAAUAAUUUUUUUUAUAAGCACCUACCUUCUAAAUAGAAUUUUAAAUACAUUCAAAAAGUUAUCAUUUGUUUUUUUAUUAUAUUAUUUAGUAGUAAGACUGUUAGUUUUUUAAUUCGUUGUAUAUUUUUCAAGGAUUCAUUUUGACUAGGUGUAUUUUUGAAUUUUUUUUCUUAUUUUAGAUUUUUAUAUAAUUUUGUUUUUGUUUAAUUUAUAAUUUUUUGUAAAAUGUUUAUCAAAAUUUAUAACACAUAGAGUAACCAGUUAUAAAUAAGAUAUUAAUAAUACCCAUGUAAAGUUUUAAUUAUAUUUUAUGUAUUAUAUUGAAUAAUGUAAAUACCAAAGUUUAUUAUAUAUUUUAACAAAUUAAAUUGUAAUUUGUCAGUAAAGUCUAUUCUGAGU